CCCUCCUAACUUCGUGCUUUGCAGAAUGAUGCACUUAAAAGGCAGUUUCUGCAUCCCCGUCUGCUUUCCCAACAGUUGGAAAGAGCGACGCGGGCCGCCAGCCACGAAGCGAGGCUCUCUGGGUCGGGAGCUGGUUCUGGCCAGGGUGCUCGUGUGAAUGCACACACACACACGCCGCCGCAGCAGCAUUAGCUCGGCCUGGCUCUGUCCUUUGGCAAGCGGGGCGCCGCUCGCCGGACUCUCGGAAGGCACGUCGAGAAUUUCAGACCCGUCGGGACAGGCCCGCCCGCCUGCCCACGCGCCCACCCGCAGGAGCCUCCCAGCCUCCUUUCCUCGCUUCCCCCCUCUCUCUCGGCUGGCCCCUGGCCCAGAGGCGGAGCUGCUGCCGCUGCUGCCUUGGCCGGUGCCAGACCCUCGCCCGGAGCUCGGCGCGCUGCUCCUGCUCUUGCGCUCCCGCGGCUGCUGUUGGGGCUCCUGCGGCGUGUGCGGGACAUGCGGCGGCGGGGGGCACGCGGCGGCGGAGGGAGGGCCGCCCGGAGGCUCCUCUUGCUGCUCUUUCUGCUGCCGGCUGCCCUGGGCGCGCAAGGGACGCGGCUGUUCAGCGCAGCUGAUCACAUUCUUCAGAGAGGCCAGGCCAUCUGCCGAGGAGGAACCCAGCGCCCCUGCUACAAGAUUAUUUACUUACAUAAUGUCGCGCGUAGGGUUGGCUUUAAAGAAGCCCUUCAGGCCUGCAGGAGAGAUGGAGGAGAUCUGGUCAGUAUAGAAUCGCAGUCAGAACAAAGGCUGAUUGAGAAGAUGAUUGGAAGCUUUUCGGCAUCGGAUGGCGAUUUCUGGAUAGGGCUUAGGAGAGAAGAGGAUCCUGACAAAAGCACUGAAUGCCCAGACUUAUACUCAUGGUCUGAUGGGAGUUUGUCUAUGUUUCGAAACUGGUAUGCAGAUGAGCCCUCCUGUGGAAGUGAAGUCUGCGUCGUGAUGUAUCACCAGCCCUCAGCACCUCCAGGCGAUGGGGGCCCGUAUAUGUUUCAGUGGAAUGAUGAUAGCUGCAGCAUAAAGAACAACUUCAUCUGCAAAUAUUCUCAGGAAAAGCCAACAGCUGCCUCUGAAAUGAAUGCCUCUCAAGCAGAAACUGCAGCAGAGACUUUGACACCCACAUCCCCAGAAGAACCCACUCCUGAAGUUGCAACUAAUAAAACCCUCAAAGAAGCCAAAGAACCUGUUUGGAGCCUUGCCUACAUCUUAAUCCCCAGCAUUCCUGUGCUGCUUCUCCUCAUGGUCAUCACAGCCAUUUUCAGCUUUUGGCUUUAUGCAAAGAGGAGACGGGAGCAAAAGGGAAUGAAUUCAAAGGAACAGAAUACCUGGUUGUCUUCCAAAAGACAGAACAGCCCCAGUUUGGAGAUACACAAUGUGAUUAGAAAACAAUCAGAAACCGAUCUAGCAGGGACCAGAUCAGACAUUAAGAACUCUUCUUUCCGAGCCCGUUCUGGAGAAGAUACUCCUGAUGACCUCUCUGGAGACUAUGACAAUAUGGCGGUCAAUACCUCAGAAAGUGGCUUUGUGACUUUGGCCAGCACUGAGAGUGGAUUUGUCACCAAUGAUAUAUACGAGCUGUGCAAUGACAGAGUGGGGCGAAGCAAAGAAUCGGCCUGGGUAGAAAAUGAAAUUUAUAGCUAUUAAAGAAGAUGGUGCUUGGGAUUUUGGCAAAGUGGAAACUGAUCCAGUUGGAGUCAGCUUUGGCACCCAGAGAUAUGCCUCUUGUAUGCAAAGGAAUGUGUUUCUGCCUUUGGCAAUGUUUAUGUUUUUACGAUAAGGAUUUUUCUUUUUCUGAAAGUGGAAUAUGAGAGAAUGUGUGUUUAUAUAUGUAGGUAGAACUCUUAUUCAGCCGAGGAAGAUGGCCUUAUGCAGUAUUGAUUCCAUUCCUUGACAGACAGACAGACAGACAUCAUUUCCUAGUAAUCUACAACUAUGUCUGCAUUUUAACAUCAUGUGCUUAAAUCAAAACUCCUGUCUUUUAAGCUAAUUGCCUAAGCCCAGAUGGAGCUUGUGAGUUAUUCACUGAUAAUUUUUCCAGCUCCAAGCUAAAAAUAUGACAGGUGUAGCAGGUGGUCAUUGCCAUCUAGCUUUCACCAGCUGCCUAGUUCCCAUCUUUUGUCACCCUGAAAGUCAAUAAUUUUUCCCCAAGGGGGGCUGUUCCGCUAUUGUGCUUUGCUCAUAUCCAUCCAGCCUACUCUUGCAAGAAGCAAUUAGCUUUCUUAUUCCCUAGUCCUCCUAACACGGGACAUGGAAAUAAAUGCCAUCAGAACCAACAAAAUAGUAUGUUUAUGGUAUUGGAUGCAACACAUUAAACAAAAAGACUCAUUCCAAGAACCUAAAAUAUAAAGAACUUUCAGGCAAUGCAUUUGUCAUAGGAAUGGCGGUAAUUCCUAACCCUGCUUUUUUGGAAAUCAAAAACUUCAGAAACACCUCCAUCUGGAGAACCAAAAGACACUUAAGUGGCCUUAGAUGCUGCUGUACAAUAGACUUCUGUGCCAGGUUUGCCUUUGGGGAAAGAUUAAACACUGGUCACUUAAUUAUGGAGGAAAUAGGAGACUAGUGACUGUUACAUUGUUGCCACUUUUAUGCUUUCUGCUGCCAGUGAAGGUGUUGAAGACCAGCACAGCUGCAUUCUUAGAACUCCUGAUGUCGAUGAUAUUAAUGUGAAAGGUUUGUGAAUGUAAUGAAGAUAAGAAAAAUAUAGCCACUCUGAAGCAGAUAGUGGCACAUCCUAUAGAAAUCUGUUAUGGUAGAAGCCAGUGAACAAACUGGAUUAUUAUUUAUUAUAUUUAUUUGUCACUUACUAAAAAAAAUUGUGUCACAGUCACUUACAACGUGACAUCUGGAGAUCUGUGAUCAGCUCUCCUAGUUUUGUUUUUUUUAGGAAGGGGGAGAAAUUCAGAUCAGGGCUGUGGCACUGAGAAAGGGAGGCUUAACUGUUCCUCCCAUGCUAUUAUCCUGAUCCAGAUUCCCCCACCAUACCACAUCAGCUGUUAUUUCUCUCUCUUCUUAUGUUCUUAUUAGGCUGUUUUAAGUUUUUCCCUCGUGCUUAGGGUUUUUGUCCCUAAAUUGGUUUAUACUGUGAAAUCUUGGGACUCUCCCAAAUAUUAUGAUUAGGUGAUGCCAUUUUUGCUACUUAAAGAUCAGCACUUAGAGAAUGAGUUUGCUGUUAUUAAAUACAAGUAGGCCCUGCAACAAAAUGUUGCGGUAAACAAUGUACUUCUGUUCAGGGUUCCCCUCCGUGGCUUUCUUGUUUUCCCCUCCCAACAGUCAGUCUGCAUUCUAUGUGCACUUGGUCCUCAUUGGGGUAUUUUGGUUUCCCCUCCCUAAUAUUAGCUACAUUAAAAUCCUGGAUUCGUCCAUUGAUUUCUAUGAGGAGCACUUACUUUUGUCCCUGGGGACAUAUAAAAGUAGUUUCAUGUUGUGAAUCAGGAAAUUCCCUAUUUAGACAAUGAGAUUGUGCUUUCUACUCUUUUUAUAUUUGUGUCUCUUUCUCUGCUCUUUUUCCAACUACUCCAUUUCAUCACAUCCCUUCAAAAAGGUGGUCCUUAUUCUGUGCUCACUGAGUCUGCUCAGCUCCCAUUCAACUAUUUAGUUUUUCCCCUUUUUAUAAUGUUUUUGUUCUUAUGCAAACCUCGGAGUUCCCCUAAGUCUGCCAGUACCUCUUUCUUGUGCAUGGGUGCUGCUGUUUUGGCUACAUCAGUGCAUGCUAUCUCCUCUGAAGAUCUGAAAUAAAAUAGAAGGUAUGAAUCUGAUAUGAUAGUGCCUCUGAACAUGGAGAUUCCACAUAGCCAUCUUGGCUAAUGGGCAUUUUUUAGACCUAUUCUCUUCUAUGAAUUUGAUUAUCCCCUUUUAUAAAAUCCUUUUAAAAAAGUCUAAGCCAGUGGCCAUCACUUCAUGCUAUGGCAACAAAUUUAAUUAAAUUAGCAAUUAUGUAUGAUAUGAAGGAACACUUUCUCUUCUUUCUUCUCAACUGACAGCUAAUGAAUUUACUUGGAUGACCCUGAGUUCUAGUAUUAUAGAAGGGUGAGAAGAACUAUUAUGUCCACUUUCUCCACCCCGUAUGUAAUUAAUAUCAUGCAUGGUUUGAGGCUUGGGGAUUAGUGAGAUUAGGAGAGCAGUGAUGAGAUGCACAACUUUCUGAUGUUAGCUGUUCUUGUAUGUAACCCAGCCUUGUCAAUGUCCACAAAAGCUACCAGCCCACCAAAAAGUCUUACCAGCACACUUGUCUAUGUAUUCAACGUGAUCCAGCCAAAGUACAUUCCUCAUCCCAUUAAUGUCAAUGGGAGAGUGCUUAUUCCAUUGAUAUACUUUUGUAUAGAAAUCAGCAGACGUUAAAACAUGCUUAUUAGGCCAGAUCAUAGCUGUGUAAGGGCUUAACCCCCCCCCCAAAAAAAACUUCCUAGCCUGCUUGCCUGGAAGACAUCCUUACUCAUUAGUGGCAGCCAGUCAUAUGGAUAUUUAUACGUCUGGUUUAUCUGUUAUGUGUGUUUAUUGAGUUCACAUUUACAAUGUAGGUAGGCCAUGAACUUGAAAAGAACUUCCAAAUGCAUUUGGUGUGUGUGUGUGAUUUUCUGAGCUGGGGGGUGGAAAAUAGGUCUUUGCAUGUACUUAGUCUCGUUUCUUAUUACUAUUUCUUGUUCCUUUGGUGUU